AUGCCACACGAGAUGCCCGAGGGAUCUUGCUCAAUGAACAUGUCCUUCACGUGGUCGUACAUGAACACAUGUGUGAUCUUCCACUGGUGGAGAAUCACUUCGCUGCCAGGGCUUCUGCUGAGCUGUCUCUUCUUGGUGCAGUUCUCCGUUCUGUACGAGUACAUGAAAUACCGACUCAGAAGCAAGAACUCAAGGAUGGCAAGGAACAAGGGCCGGAGAAGCGUUUUCUACGGUGUACAAGUUGGUUUUUCCUUCCUACUGAUGCUUGUCUUCAUGACGUACAACGGCUGGCUGAUGCUCAGCGUCGUUGUGGGCGCAAUCUUGGGACACUAUUAUUUCGAGCCACAGCAGCUGGAAUCAAGCGGACCUUUGCUCGGGGAGAACUCUCUCGCGUGCCACUGA